UUUUAUUAUAAAAUAACGAAAUUCAUUGUUCACCGACAGUUUUCGACAAUUAGCUGUCAUACAUCGUUGCAUCAUCUAGACCAAAGAUAAAAUAAAGAAAGAUGAAGUUAAUAGUUUUAUCACUCGCAAUGGUCGUCUGUAUUUUGAGUGUGAAUGGGUACAGUUUCAAACGUGGUGCUGAAACUCUUAAUGAAAAAGAAAGGGGGCUCCUGAGAAGAAUGGGUGUUGGAAUGGCAAAGGCAUAUUUUGGCGAAGAGGGUGCAAAAGAGGGCGGCGAAAUAUUGGACAGGUGCCUGGACAAACCUUUAAGAAACAUCGAGUGCUGCGUGAAAGGUGAAGGUCAAAAGAUAUGCGAACUUGAAAAAGUAGAUGAUGAAACCUGCAAUAAAAUCGAAAGGCUGAUUGAUGAAACACUAGAAGCAGGUGAAGGUCUAUAUGCGGUAGGAUGUCUUGACAUGGAAGGAGUUACACCAUCGGAAUGCGCCAAAGAAUUAUGUCUGCCAUAUUGUGAAGAAGAAUGUGAAGAUGAGUCUUGCGAUUGUAACGAAGAGUGUGGCAAUUUCGGAAAAUUACUGGAAGAAGAAGAAGAAAAAGAAGAAGAAGAAAAGAAAUCCAAAAAAAACUUUCAUCUUAAUCGUCUUCGUUCCCUGUUGAAAAUUAGAAAUUUCAAAAACAUCGUAAAGAGGAAGUAAAUACCACCAUUAAUCCACAAUCCACAAUCAGCACAACCGACAGCUACCUAACAAAAAAAAGAUAAUAUGUUAAAAUUAGCUUAUAAAUAAAACCAAUAUUUGCAUUC